ACGGUUUUCCAAAAUCGCUGGCGAUUUGGAAGAUUUUAUGCAUCAGAAUGUCAACGUUUGUUGGGCUUAUCAAAGAGAUACCAGGCAUCUCGGUGGAUCGUUUUGAUCGAGAAAACAUGAAUUCCUCUGUGUAUUUCCUUAGCCAUUGUCAUAUCGAUCAUAUGUGUGGCUUGAACAAUAUGUUUUUUGAUCACUUGAAACAGUAUAAUAAGUAUCUUUAUUGUAGUCAUAUUACUAAAGUUUUCUUAGAAAAUAAGUAUUAUGAAAACUUGCGUAAUGUAGAAACUUAUGUAAAAGAUAUCGAAGUCGAUAAAAAAGUUUGUAUUGAAUAUAGAAGUAAUUAUAACAGCGAAGAGACUGAUAUUCUUUUUGUAACGUUUACUUCUGCUGGACAUUGUCCUGGCUCGGUGAUGUUUGUUUUUGAAAAAAUGAAUAAAUUAAUAUUAUAUACUGGAGAUUUUAGAAUCAAUCCAAAAGAUUAUCGUAAAAUAAAAUCACUGAAUUGCAAUGAUUUUCCAAAAAAGUUUGAUAAUAUAUAUUUAGAUACAACAUUUUUAGGUCAUGAUUUCGCUUAUCUCCCAACAAGAAUAGAAAGUAUAAAUGUAAUGUGUAAAGUUGUGAAAGAAUGGCUAGAUGAAAGCCCAAGGAAAGUCGUUAUUCUGGAAUGUUCUGCUUUAUAUGGCUCUGAGUUUCUCUACAUGAAACUGUCGGAAUCUUUGAAAACACUCAUUCAUGUUAAGGAAUGUGUAUACAACAGUUAUAUUCGUAUCCCAGAGUUGGCAUGUCACGUUACAAAUAAUCCACUGGAUGCACGUAUACAUGCAUGUAUGAGUAAAUAUGUAUGUAUGAAUCGCCAGGACAUAUUAACUAUUGUACCAUCAGUAAAAAAAUGGAAGGGACAUGAUACAAGUGUAGUUGGAGAGUGGGAUAAAUUUAGGGAGAAGACGUUUAAUGUAUGUUACUCCACGCAUGCUUCUUUUGAUGAACUUAAGAAAUUUAUACAAUAUUUUAAACCAAAAAAGAUACAUCCGUGUGUAUGUCCAGAAAAUGAACAAGACACAAUAAAUCGAUUGCUAGAUGAAAUUAGAAGAUAAGAAAAGGGCAAUGUAUUUCUAUAUUAUGAAAAAAAAAGCUAUGUUCUUAAGCCCAAGUUAUGAAUAACGGACUAAGUAUCCUAAUGAUAAUUAGGAUAUCAGAUGAUUAGACAAUUCUUAAAAUUAAAGAAGAAAAUUAAUAGAUAAUUUUUAAUGAUAAUUUAAUUAAUACUUGAACCGCGGGUCUAAAUUAACUCAAUUACGAUUCAAAGUAAAUCUAACUUUUUAUGAGGAAGGAUUGUCAUCAUAAAAGUAAAAUUACUUGUAAUUAAUCAUGAUUAUGAAAAAUUACAAAAAUCUAAAGCUUCAAAAAUACAAAUUUAAAUAAACAGAAACACUAUCAGAUGACUCAAAAAUGA